CUCUGAGGCGCGCACGGCACAGAGCGCAGCGCUGCCUGCUCCGCGCUCGCCCCGCAUCGCCCGACGAGCAGGCAAUCAUGAGCGAUCGGAAGGCAGUGAUCAAAAAUGCGGACAUGUCAGAGGAGAUGCAACAGGACUCGGUGGAAUGUGCUACUCAGGCCUUGGAGAAAUACAACAUCGAGAAGGACAUCGCUGCUCACAUAAAGAAGGAAUUUGACAAGAAAUACAAUCCCACGUGGCACUGCAUCGUGGGAAGGAACUUUGGCAGCUACGUGACUCACGAGACCAAACACUUCAUCUACUUCUACCUCGGCCAAGUCGCUAUUCUUCUUUUCAAGUCUGGUUAGAACCACGGACUGUUACUGAAACUUGCACCUGGGUACAGGAUCUGCACAGUGACUCCCACCUUCAGCCUUCCUGGGGAAACAGGCCUUGAUCUCCAGGUCUUUUGUUGUAUUGUUAAUGGUCAGGGAUUUUGCUGUAGCAGCUGGUAUUUUCAUUGUGGCUAUAUAAAAAAGCAAAAAUGUCUUCCUUGUAUUUAUUUUCUUUCAAAAGAUUGCUUCUUUGCUAAUAAAACCGUUGGAACUAGUUUA